CAGAUCGUAUAAUAAUUUUUUAUAAGAUGACUGAGUUACCAGUGAUUUACAGUGAAGAGGAAAAGGUAUGGAGUGGACCCCCAAGGAGUACCAUUUACAAGGAAGAUACUUCUUUGGGUAGAAUUAUUUUCCACACCAUGAGAAACUGGCCGAAAAAUGUGUGCCUGAUAUGUGAUAUUACAGGGGUCUCCCUAACUUUCGAGCAAGUCCUAACCUGGGCCAUUCGAAUUGCCCAAUCCUUUAGGAAAAGGUUACUCAACCAUAAGAAUAUCAUUGGCAUCGCUGCCAAAAAUUCUACGUAUGUCAUGCCUCUGGUAGUGGCAUGUCUAAUGAAUGGAACUCCCUUCCAUGCUGUGAGUCCAGUGUUGGAUGAAGCCACUUUAAAGCAUAUGUUUUCGAUCACCAAGCCUAAGCUGAUUUUCUGCGAUGGCAAUGUUUGGCAGAAAAUUCAUGCAGCUACUAUCGAUUGGCGACCUGAGAUUUUUAUUAUCACUGGAAAAGUUGAGGGUGUACUCAGUAUUGAGUCACUGCUCGAUUAUACAGAUGACGAGAAUAUUUACCAACCGGAACCCUUGGCGGAGGGUGGCAAUCAGACAGUGGUUAUUCUCUGCUCCUCGGGAACAACUGGUUUACCGAAAGCCAUAUGUCUUUCCAACAACGAAGUACUGCCAAUGCCAAUGGCCAAUAGCGAGUCUGUCAUCUAUACUGCAAGUGGUCUGGAUUGGACCUCGGGUCUAGCAGCUUAUAUUAUUGCCGCUGCUCUCGGCAGUACCAUGAUCUGCAGUAGCAACCCUUUAACGCCGGAGUAUUUCGUCCAUUUGAUGAAGAAGUACAAGAUCACUCACACAUCAUUGGCUCCUUGGUAUCUAUCAGCGAUAUGCAGCUGCCCAGAAGCCACAGCUGGAGAUUUAAAAUCCCUCAGGAAAUUAUUUUUCACCGGUGGUGCGAUUUCCUCGGCUACAGGCGAAAAACUUAAGGAUCUCUUCAGGAAUGCUGUCAUCUGUGCGAGUUACGGACUAACAGAAACGGGCACCAUUUCGAUGAGUUUCGACAGUCGAAAUUGCCUAACCGCUGGCAGACCUUUUACCGGAGUACGGGUUAAAAUUAUAGACGAGACCAAUCGGAAUCUGGGACCCAAUGAGGUGGGAGAGAUAUGUGUACAAGUAGGAAACCACUGGAAUGGAUACUUUGGAAAUUCCGAGGCCACUCAAAAUGUCCUGGAUUCUGAGGGUUGGUUUCAUACAGGAGAUCUGGGUUACUUGGAUGAUCAACACCUGCUUCACAUAGUGGAUCGCAAGAAGGCCGUCCUCAAGUACCUGGGUUACCAGUACUGGACCUUUGAGAUAGAGAAAGUUAUUUCGGAACUACCAGGAGUGCAGGAUGUUUGUGUUGUGGGAAUCUACGAUGAGCGGGUUGGUGAUGCAGCUGGAGCUUUGGUAGUGAGAACUAAAGGAUCGAACAUCAAGGAACAGGAAAUUACAGAACAUGUGGGGAAACGAUUGCCGCCAAUUCGGAAGCAACUUCAUUCCGGUGUCCAGUUCACAGAUCAUUUGCCGGCCAAUUUAAAUGGCAAGGUUGAUCGCAAGGCAGCGCGAGAGGAAUUCUUAGCAAAAAAAGAAUUAAUAUAAUAUAACAAAUUUAUAAAAUAUUUUAUU